AUGGAAGUAAAUAUUCUCGCAUUUAUUGCUACUGCACUGUUCAUUCUAGUUCCUACUGGUUUUUUACUUAUAAUAUACGUAAAAACACCAAAAGUGGCUCUAGUCUAUGGUCAGAUGAAUGAACCACCAGGGGCUCAUAUGAGAGUUGGUUUAACUGCUCUAACUAUGGCGGAGUAUUUCCGAGAUGUUAAUGAACAAGACGUACUUCUAUUUAUUGACAAUAUCUUUGGUUUUGUCCAAGCAGAAUCCGAAGUAUCCGCCUUAUUAGGCAGAAUGCCUUCCGCUGUAGGUUAUCAACCCACUCUUAGUACUGAAAUGGGUUCUUUACAAGAAAGAAUUACUUCUACCAAAGAGGGGUCCAUAACUUCUAUUCAAGCAGUUUAUGUACCCGCGGACGAUUUGACUGAUCCAGCUCCAGCCACGACAUUUGCACAUUUAGAUGCGACUACCGUACUAUCAAGAGGAUUGGCCUCCAAAGGCAUCUAUCCAGCAGUAGAUCCUUUAGAUUCAACGUCAACUAUGCUCCAACCUCGGAUUGUUGGUGAAGAACAUUAUGAAACUGCGCAAAGAGUUAAACAAACUUUACAACGUUACAAAGAACUACAGGACAUGAUAGCUAUUCUUGGGUUGGACGAAUUAUCCGAAGAAGACCGCUUAACCGUAGCAAGAGCACGAAAAAUUGAGCGUUUCUUGUCACAACCUUUUCGCGUAGCAGAAGUAUUUAUAGGUUCCCUGGGGAAAUAUGUUGGUCUAGCAGAGACAAUUAAAGGGUUUAAAUUGAUUCUUUCUGGAGAAUUAGAUGGUCUUCCUGAACAGGCUUUUUAUUUGGUCGGUAACAUUGAUGAAGCUACUGCGAAGGCUACGAACUUAGAAAUGGAGAACAAAUUGAAAAAAUGACCUUAAAUCUUUGUGUACUGACCCCAAAUCGAAUUGUUUGGGAUUCAGAAGUGAAAGAAAUAAUUUUAUCGACUAAUAGUGGACAAAUUGGCAUAUUACCAAAUCACGCG